AUGUUACCCUCUCACUCGUCUCAACUCAUAACUCUUACUCUCUCACUUCUCCCAACCCUCAUACUCGCCACCAAUUCCAGUUCUACCCAGACAUGCAAAAUCACACCUGCAGACGCCUCGUGGCCUUCCUCCGCCGAUUGGGCAGCACUCAACACAUCCAUCUCCGGAACCCUCAUCAAGACUCUUCCGCCGGCCUCUUCUUGCUACACUGGAAACCCGUUUAACUCAACUCAAAAUUGUUCUUCCGUCCAGACUAAUUGGGCUCUGGCCUCAUGGCAAGCCAAUACACCAGAAGGGAUCGAUUAUCCCAUCUAUGCCAAUAAUUCCUGUCUUCCUACCGAUGCAACGGGGUAUCAAGCUGGUAAAAGCUGUGAGAUAGGCGGUUCUCCGAUUUAUGUUGUCAAUGCCACUACCGAGGAUCAAAUCGCUACAGCGAUGAAAUGGGCUACGAAAAGAAAUAUUCGAAUUGUAAUCAAAGGAACUGGUCACGAUCUAAAUGGAAGAUCAAGCGGCGCCAACUCCCUCUCAAUAUGGACCCAUAACUUUCUCAAACGAGAAUUCAAUUCUUCUUGGCCCAUCCCCGGCUCCAAUUCUACAGCUGACGUCCUCAUUGCCGGGAGCGGAAACAAUUUAGAACUUAUUUACACAGCCGCACAUGAGGCUGGAAAAACGAUCGUUGGGGGUGAUGCCAAAACUGUCGGUCUAGGAGGGUAUCUCCAAGGAGGUGGCCACGGCCCUCUCUCAAGCCAAUACGGGCUUGGUGCCGAUCAAAUCCAUCAAGCUACUGUUAUUACAGCCUCGGGCGAAAUCUUGACGGCGAACGCGGAGCAAAAUCCUGACCUUCUCUGGGCCAUCCGAGGAGGCGGUCCUGGUACAUAUGGUGUCGUGACUGAAUUCGUUCUACAAGCACAUCCUGCAGUCUCUUCUGUUGUAGCUGUAAAUCUCGAGGUGAUUCCUCUCGGCUCCGAAAACGAUACUACCACUGCAACAGCAGCUUGGAGUGCCCUGGCAAUCUUAUUUCAAAGUAUCCCAGACCUAAUGGAUACUGGUCUAGCAGGCGUAAUGACUGCUGCUACUGGCUCCUCAGCGCGAGCUCUUUCUGGUUCAGAAUCCACACCCCCUGGUGUUUACUUCUCACAAGCAUUCUACGGAUACAACAUCAGUACCUCUGAAAUGGACACUGUCAUCUCCCCUGUAAUUGAGAAAAUGAAGGAUAUUUCUAAUGGAUCGCUCUCUCUUAAUUACACAGUCACAGAUGUAUACCCUACUUAUCUCGACUUUUUCUAUGCUGGUGACCCUGGCGAAGAUCCAGCUGGACAGGUUUCUCUUCUUUCUACUCGUUUACUUGGACGCGCGCAACUCUCUGAUCUCCCAAUGGAGACAGUAGCUGCAUAUUUACAACGCGCGCUAGCAAGCCAGGGCGGAGGUGGAUCUCAAAUGAUAGUUGGCUUACAAGGAGGACCUGGCCCGGUUAAUGUUCCAAAAGAAAUGCGUGGUUCACUGAACCCGAUUUGGAGAGAGACACAUUUACAUGUUAUCACACUCGGUGCUACGAUUGAUGACACUUUGACACCUAAGAAAUCGCUUUCUCAGGCAGCAGAAUGGAUGGAGCAAAAUAACGAAGCGUUAUGGAGAGAAUGGGCACCGGAUAUGGGUGCAUAUAUUAAUGAGGGUAAUCCUUAUAACACUGAGUGGAAACACGAUUUCUUUGGCACAAGCUACGAUCGAUUGGCGGAAAUUAAGAAAAAGUAUGAUCCUACCGGUAGUUUGUAUAUAUUGGCGGGUGUAAGAAGUGAUGAGUGGGAUUAUGAUCUUGAUACAGGGACAUUGUGUCGGGUUUAA